GGUCCCUUGGAUGCUGGGCACACGCAUUUCGAAUCAGCUGUGCUGUGGAACCGGUACGGUUGUCUGAAAAAUGUGAAAGGGUGCCCAGUAGAUCUAGCCUACAUUGAAAUGUGUGGGCACCUGGUCGCAUCUAUCACCCUGGGCGUGUGUCAAGGAGAAAAUGCAAAGACCGUGUUGGAAGCAGUGAAGCGCAAUCAUGGAAGCUUUCACGUAAAUAGUUAGUUUGUCCAUUUGGUCGGCUGGUAUCCCCUCUCCGUAGUUUAUCGGUAUGUUUGCGGGGGAGAAUACGACGAUACAGAGGACGACAAUCUGCUGGUGGUGGAAAUAGGAAUUCCGAAAAAGCCAUUCACUGAAAGAAACCCACCUCCUGGUCUUUGUGGGCCGAGGAAGUUUCGAACAGACUGCUCAGCAGCCGGCGUGCGAGCACAUUGAUGAAUGACUAAAACAGGAACACCUCUCUUGGAGAUCGAUCAUUUUCGGAAGGUCUUCGCUCGGUUCGAGCAGCUGGGUAUGGAUGACAAAGCCGGUUAGAAUGUGUCGUAGAGUACCAACCGUGAUGUGCUCUGGAGUGACAACGCUACACCGUGUUUACCUGACAGGCAACACGACAACAUUCGCCAAGCAAUAGCGGAGCGGGAACCGAAGGCACCUCGACGGCACCAGUUGUUGCCUUGUGCUUUUGAAACCGCCUACAAACCCAAAGUUCGCUUCACUUCGCUUGCUCAAAGUUGAAGCGAGCAGUUUCUAAACUGACACGAAAAGGCAGAGGAUGGGUCCCCUCCGAUGCGUGUUUCUUGUCGAGACGUUGUUGAUCUUGGCGUUGGCGAUCGUCCGUUGCAGUGUGGCAAUUCCGCUGUACAAGGCCUACUUCACCAGAUCCUCCCGAAAUGCGGACUUUGCGGAGAACUACCCGCGGCAGACGUACACGGUGGUGUAUGGCAACACAUUGCAGGUGCCCUGUGCGUCGUACAGACUGGCUAACAAUGUUGCCUGCGAUCUAGUGCGCGUCGAUACCGGCGAGAUAGUCAAGUGCAAGUCAACGUACCUCAUAUUUUUCAUCAAGCAGCGUGAACGUGUGUUCGAGUUCUCCCAGUUCACGGAGGCGGACAGCGGGAUGUACCGAUGCUGGACGGAUAAGGAUGUGGUCAGGGACAACACCGGUAUCACCUUCAACAUCACAGGCAUAGGGAACAAACCCAAGACGGCAAUAUUCCGUUCUACAAGCAACCGUCUGUACUUCCGACAAGCAACAAAUGACACAACGCUGGCCUACAUACAAGAAACUUACCAUACCAAUGAGACCCAGGUGUUCAAUGUGUCCUGCUUAACUGAAAAAGGCCUGUUACCGGAAGGCAAUGCGUCUUGGAUUGACGCGAACGGCUUGACGGCAGGCAAAGACCUUCUACAGAUAUCGCCGACCGACUAUGAGCCGGAGUACCAGUGCAAAGUGAUGAAUUUCCUCGGUGCGGUGAGCACACGUCUGAGAAUAGCCAGAACUGAGAACAUCAGCCUCUGGGAAGCAAACGUAACCACACACACCAAUGAAAGUACCGACAGUACAGAGUUAAAUGUUACUAUGAUCGUGGCUGGAAACCCUCUGGCCAUCGUCAAGGCUUGCUAUCUACUGCCAAAGUUGAAGAAGUCGGCGAAGUGUGUGAACUGCAAGAAAUGCACGGUGUUCAGAAAUGUUUAUGAAGACUCGCACGCAACCCUUCUGGACAAUGAUGACAUCAACAUAGCAGUAUGGUGGCGCAGCUCCUCAGCGCACUGUCAUGCCUCGCUGCACUGGAGGGUGACGAGUCACGGUGCGCCUCUUGACACCAAGCUACAUAAUCUGAAGCUUAAGGUGGUGUCGCCAUGGCACAGCACCCUUCCCGCAGAGCUCAAGUACAGUAUACCCACUGCUGGCGGUGAUGGUGGCAGUGAUAAUGUUGUGGGUGGUGUGUCACCAAGUCAUGGCGAUGAAGCACGACCGCUGUGUCAUUCUGCUACUGUAUCCACUCUAUCCACAGCAACCGCAACCCUGGUACCCAUGGCAACAUCACCAGCCUACGCCAGUAACAUGACCAGUGGCGACAACGUAACCUUGGCAACAGCUGACCAGCACAGUGAUACACAUGUAGAUGUGGACACGCCCAUGCGAUCUCAACCCUCGUCAUGGUCUUCAGUACUAACUAAGGACAAUGAUGUCCAUAGUGUGGGUGAUAGUACACAGCCUACGGACCGCAGUAUAUUGCCUGGCAAUGAUUCCUUGACUGUGGGCGAUGGCACACAAAGUCCACUGCUGGGCAACAUGGGGACAGUGUACGGUUUGGUGGCAGGCUCAUCGGCCCUAGUCCUGCUCAUCCUGCUUGCCGGGAUCAUCAUGUUUGUACGUUACCGUGCCAACACGCACAAGGCACUCAGCAAGCCACGGAGACGGUCGUCCAGCGGCACCAAGCGUAGGGCCAGUGCUUCCAGCCGGAAAGCUAGCAGCGCAGGUAUGCCCGACUCCGACUCCGAUUACAGCAGGUCGGGAACUGCACUGCGCUACAGCUCCAGCAAUGAUAUGGUGCUGGCGGCCAGGAUGACAUCAUCCCUAACACAGGCAAACUUGACAUGGAAAGGCGAAGCAUUCUUGAUUGAUGAGAAUUCCAUGGAAGGUCUUGUCGUGGAUGUCGAGCAGAUCAGAAUUGCGGAGGAGAUCGGACGGGGAGCAUUUGGUGUUGUUCAUCGUGGAAUAGUACACAACCUUGAGGCAGGACAGCUUCAAACUGAAGUUGCCCUAAAAUGGUCAAAAGAUGAAUCACAGAUAUCAUCCAUCAUGGAAACCGGAAAGGAGAUUCUGGCAUUAUGGCAGCUAGGGCAGAGGCCUCAUGCAAACGUUAUGUCGAUGCUUGGAAUCUGCUUCACCGAAGGGACUCCCAUAUUGAUCCUGGAGUACGCCGCUCGUGGUAACCUGCUGAGCAUGCUGCGCAGGCGACGCGGGGCUGCGGCGCGUAUCAAGAAGCAGCUGCGACGGCUUGACAGCAUCACCAGCGAUGACGGUUACAGCAGCUCCAGUCGGUCUCGCAGUAGCACAGACCACCCUUCAUUCCUGGACAUCAAGUCCAUGCCGAAUGCAGACGACCUGCUCAAGCCGGACAACGUGUUUGCCUUCGGACGGCAAAUUGCUAAAGGAAUGGAGUUUCUCACGUCUAGACAGUUUAUUCACCGUGACCUGGCGGCAAGGAAUGUUCUUGUAACAGAAAAUUUCACCUUGAAGAUAUCCGAUUAUGGUCAUUCACGGAUUGUAGCUGAUACCGAGGGCAUCUAUCAACGGUCCAGCAGCAAGCACAUCCCCGUCAAGUGGCAUGCAGUGGAAGCACUUCAGAAAGGCUCCUAUACUGUUCAAAGUGAUGUGUGGUCGUUUGGUGUGGUUCUCUGGGAAAUUGCAACAUUAGCCUGUAUUCCGUACCCUGGCGUACCCACCAAGAACGUUCUGGCUAUACUGCUAGCCGGCCAUCGUAUGGAGGAGCCCGUAGCAUGUCCUGCACAUUUGUAUGACAUGAUGCUGGAAUGUUGGUCCUCGCACCCAGAGGAUCGACCAACGUUUCAGGAGCUUGGUGAAAGCCUUGAUGAGCUGCUACUAGAAGCUGCCAAGCAGUCUCGGGGUGUUGAGUAUAUGAGUGUGGACAUUGACGACGACAAUGAAGAGGAAGAACUGGACCUUGCGAAGGUCACGGACGCUCUAUCUGCACCCAAUCCAGCUGUGGUUCAGUUAGCCCUUAGUCCACUGUCCGAGCACAUUAAACACAGUCCAGAGCUCUCUCGUUCUGCUAGGUCUGUGCCUGGCAUUAUGUCCAAUUGUAGUCCACGGACCAGUCAUGGCUCACCACUUGCAUCAGCCGUGCCAGUGUCAACAGAGGUUGACGCGACGUUGGAGCAUGCAGACCGAAGUGUCAGCGCUCCAGCAGUGAUUUCCCAGCGGCCCUGUACGGAUGUUUUACAUCCACCUGAGCCGGCGACACCAUCUUCACCACCGUCUUCAGAGCCAGCAGAACGGUCCUUAACACCUCAGCCUUCACUAUCAUGUUCAGCAGGAGCAUUACCAACCGUCCCGUCACCGUCAUCAUUGUCCUUGCGCCCGGCAUCAUCUCCGUCACUGCCAGAAGCUACUAGCCAAGUACCAGCACCAGCACAGGAGACAGCGGAUGGGUCUGAUGUGUAACAGUACUAGUAUGCGCAUUGAGGUAAAAACACCGUGCAGGCAGUAGCUGCAUUCCUCUGAAGCAGAACAGCCGAACUAAUUUCCAAAUGUUGAACGCAGUUUAUAGAACGACAACUUGAUACAACUCCAAUGUACAGUUCUAAAUAAGGCCAUCCAGAAUUAAUUCGUUGUUUCGGGUCACCCGACCGACCGUCUUUUUUCACCCGACCGCAAAAUGUUUUUUUUUAUAGUGGAUGCAAAUGUACAGACUAGACUAUGUACACACGCGACCCUAAUAAUAGCAGUCCAGAUAUCGCCCUCAGAAGCAGUCAUCAAUGGUCAUGGCUAGCCAAAUGACAGGUGCUUGGUGAUGACGUUGUCUUCUAUCUCCGAUCCACAAUCGGUCCUGAAACAGCAUCAGCUCCGCCACCUUGUCGCUAUUUACAGAAGUUUUCAAGGUGAGAGCUGCUCGUCAGACUCGUUUGCCAGCGAGGCCAAGAUCUGGUCCUGGAUCAUCGAGGGGACCUGGAUCUGAUGGGACCAUGACCAGAUGACUGCGCUGGAUUGUCUACACUACAGUCAGAUUUGAUCGACUGGCUAGAUGGACAAAAGCUAUUCGAUGUACAUGUAUGCACAUGGACGUAACCAAAAUAAAAAAUAAAAUAAAAUAAAAAAUAAACCCGACCGACCGACCCUGGUACGGAUGAGUGAAGUGACCCGAAACAACGAAUUAAUUCUAGGUGGCCUAAUCUUUAUCAAUUUUACUCUUGGUCUUCAUGCACCACAUUCCGCCAUAAUGUUUCUUAUCAAGCUGAUGUAUCCCAGAAUAUGUAUGCAUUGCUUCUAACUGAGUGUUUGAAGAGUAUGCCUUUUGGCAUGACCAUAAGAUUGUAUUAGAAUGGAGGAACUCAGGCGGAAUAUUCAGUCAUUUGCAUGCGUCUACUUCACCCCAGUAUUUAGCUGGUCAAACUUGAUGGAAUGAGCUCAAUUAUUUUUAUCCUUUUGAACUACUACCUUACCAGUACAAGUAGUGCUUUGAAUUUUGAAAUUCGAGACAAUGACAAUGCCUUGAAUUAAAAAUAAUACUGCAUGUGAGCCGUUGGCUGCUUCGUUA